AUGUCCUUGAGCUUUCGUCUGCCACACGUCUCCCAGCAUGAUCAAAGCACGAUACCUUCUUGCUGCAUCUUAAUCGUUCUGCCAGCAGUGGCGCAAAUGUCACCGAUUCAAAGUACAGGACGCUAUCGAAUGCGCAUACGUCGACAUGCUGACGCUUGUGAUGGAUCGAUGAGCGACGCCCAGGCCCUACGGGCACCCGUACCUCCUAGAAAAUGUUCCCACCGUUACUCCAGGAUCGACAGCUACAGCGAUGUACGGACAUCUCGGGAACUGUGGACGGGAUCCACUUCGCAUUGUAUGCGAAUUUCACGUAGCGUCAUCCGCAAACAAUUUCCUGUCAAUCGGCAUUGCAUUUUGACUCAAGAUCUUGCACUUACAUGUUGGACUCGGUCAAUCAAAAGACGUCGACACCUCGCGUUUCCGUUGGCUUACACGGCAAUGUAUGCUAACAAAGCUAACGUGGAUAGAAUUUUUGGCGUCCAUGAUUGGCGGGUUUUAAUACAUGACUCCCUCCACAAUUCCGAUGGCCGGCCCAAGGCAAGAGGUCGGAAAGAAGGCGACCACUGGACAGCUUGGGCCUUCGACCUCAAGUCCAAGCGCUCCAUCUUCUACCUUCACAUGUACGAGGAUGGACGAGUGGCUAGAUUCGGUGCGGAUAAACGCAAGGCAUUUCGAGUGAAGAAGUAUGACCUUAUAUGGAGUGGAGAGGUGACAGCGAAAUAG